CAUCGUCGCUUCGCGUCACCGUCGCGGUGUAUUAUAUGCUUCGAACCCGCGCGUGUCUCGUCAUUGUCGCCGCUUACAUAAGUCGCGUUUUAAUAAUACGCGAGACUCCGAGACGUCGGAAGUGCCGAUCGAUCGCAUCGUUAUCGCGCACGUGUGCCGCGACACAGGGCGACACGACCGAGGGAUUGCGUCCGUCGCGCGGGGUGCGAGGAACGGAUGCCACGACGAAGAAACAUCGAGUAUUCGUACGAGGUGCGAGCAGCGGAUUCGAGAGGUCAUCCCGUGGCAUGGUGACCGACAUCUCUCCCGCGUCGACACGGAGCCUCGCGAACGCGCCUGCACGCGCGGAUCACUGCGAGCGAGCGUCACGGCCGUGACGGAUGAAUGGAGGCCUCAACGGCGGAGGAUGCGAUUUAAAUCGUAUGGGAUAUACCUCGAUCAGGUGCCGGUAGCUCUUUUUAUAACGCCGUAUAACACGCGGCCGAAGAUGGAGGAUACUACGUGUCUAGGCGUGCAAGACGGCAUGAAGAUACCCGAUGGCGCUGUACUGGUCGUCACGUUGAUUGUCGCCGGUAUCGCCAUCAUGCUCCACUUUAUCGUGAGCAAGAGAUCGAGUUCCCGUCAGGCCUCGUCGAAAACGACAUUUUACAACUACGUUCCAUUCAUUUCGAAAGCUCCACAAGCCUCGAAACCUCCACCCCGGCCAGUUCAGCAAUCGUCACUCCAGCAACAACCGCAUCUGCCUGACAGCAGCGGAAAACGGGGAAAAAAUAAGAAACGUCGAGAGGUGCAGCAAGAUUAUACUCACCCUUGGCUGGCCGGUACGCUAAAGGGGCACACCGGAAUUGUGACCGAUAUGGAUUUCUCCAGUAACGGGCGUCAUUUCGCGAGUUGUGCUGAAGAUAAGCACUCGCGAGAGCCAGGACAUAUCCGGUCCUCCAAGCAGCAGAGGAAGAAUAGGAAGAAGGAAGCAAAGACCUCAAGGCAGAGCACUACGGAAGAAAUCAAUAUGAAUCGCAUAACAGGAAAUAAGAAAACAGGAAAAGCAAGCAGGUCUUUAGCAUCUUCACAAGCGUGGAAUUCGCCAUCUUACCUAUAUAACUAUUCUAUGUGUACCAACGAUGACCUGACAUACCGGAGCUACAGAACAGAAAUAACUUAUAUGACGGAUAUUGAGAUAGCAAUGGCGAUAAGAACAUACCUGUUAUUACCUUCCUUGAUGUUUCUCUGUGGCUAUCCAGUUCCUUCGGUCAAGUAUAAUGUGGCCGUGAUAAAUAAUAUAUCGUACCCAAUAAGAGGUGAUAGUUCGCCCGACAGUUCCGAUCAAGAACAGGAAGCACAAUCUCCCCGGUACAAAACUGAGAAGAGCUCUGAGAACAGCAAUAACAGAAGCAGGAAGAAGAAAGUUUCAAUUAGCCAGGAUAGCGUUCCCAGGAAGAAGAGUCAUCAAAACGACGGAAUACCGAGGAAUUGCGUGAGAUGCAGUAGGAUAUACUUUGUCGAUCUUCACGGUCAAUUUCUUAAAGAAGAGGAUUGCAUCUACCAUAACGGUAAGCUCCGAGAAUUUAAGAACGUCUGGCACUGGACGUGCUGCCAACAGCCAGAACACUCGACCGGCUGUACCAAAUGGACGUGUCACGUGUGGUUCGGGUUAUAUCCUGGCGUAAACGAACUGCGGGACUUCGUCACGACCUAUCCACCUUCUGUACUGUAUAAUCAAGAGUUUGACUUUAGUAUAUAUGCCUUGGAUUGUGAAAUGUGCUACACGAUCCAGGGUAUGGAACUCGUCAGGGUGUCCAUUACAAAUAUGUGGGGCCAGAUCGUGUACGAUACGCUGGUGCAGACAAACUCACCGGUGCUGGACUACAACACGAGAUACAGCGGCAUCACGGAGCAGCAUAUGGAGCGCGUCACCAAGACUCUUUGGCAGGUGCGGGAGGAUCUGCUCAGAUUUAUCUCAUCCCAGACUAUUCUCGUUGGCCACAGCCUCGGGAACGAUCUCAGAGCGCUGAAGAUAAUUCACUCGAACGUCGUCGAUGUCAGCUUCACGUUCCCGCAUUCUAGGGGUUAUCCGUACCGAAUGGCCCUCAAGACCCUGGCAAAAAAUAUACUCAAGCGAAACAUUCAAGAGGGAACACACAACUCGAUCGAGGACGCUCGGGCCGCUAUGGACAUGAUAUUGAUGAAGGUUCACUUGAUGGAUAUUGAUUCAAGAAGAAACUAGCAUCGUCAUUUCGAUGAAGAACCGCUUAAGAAAGAAACGUAUGCGACAAGGAUCUGUAACGAGACAAUUGCGACGUGACGACAAGCACAAGUAUUAAAAACAUCCGUAUUAAAGACGAAGGAAGCUUCUUUUUAGUGUUCCAUUUCCAAGAGUGAAAUCUGUGAUAUUAUAUAUACAGCAUACCACGUUCCUCACGUGCGUCCGUGUUUCUAAUGUGAGAGAUGCGAUUUUAUAAUCACGCACACGCACACAAUACACAACACAAACGCAAUUUCCAGCGCGAAAAUACUCGACAAUCAUCGCGAGAAUUUUUCAAUGAAUUCAAAACGGUCGAUCAUUUUUACGGAAGAUGUCAAUCUCUAUUCUAUUUUGUUUCUCAAAAA